GGAGAUUGUGCUCGCGACUCUCCGGUCAGAAGGGUGUCCUUGGUUGGCUUUCCCGUAUAUUUCAGUUACCAUACAGCUGCUGUGCGGAACACACAUUUAACAACGUUGGUCGAAGCGUGUCGCGAAACACGUGUUGUUGCAAAUGCUUCCAAAAUUUCUUCCUCUCUUACUCCUGAGUGCAAUAUCGUGGCAAAAUGCAGAUUCGUCACGCAUCCUGGCUGUAUUCGUGUUCCCUGGUCGUAGCCACUGGAUGAUGAUCGAUGCCAUCCUGAACGGACUGCUCGACCGAGGCCAUCACAUAACCGGCAUUGCCAACUAUCCCCUCUCCAGGAAGCACGAGAACUACACCGAGCUGCGCGUUGCACCGAUAUAUGAUUUCUGGAAGCAUUCCGUUAAGGUGGAAUCGCUGUUCGACCUGACGGAGAUAUCCGUCCAUCGGAUGUUGAUGGAUUUCAUGUACAGUUUGGGACUGGAGACAGCGCAGCAUGGGUUCACGAGGGAAAACGUUCAGGAUUUUAUUCGAAAUGAUCAGAGCCAUUUUGAUUUGAUUUUGGCCGAGCAGUUCUACCAAGAAGCCUAUCUGAUGUUUGCCCAUAAAUACAAGGCUCCUAUUGUCACUGUAGGAACAUUCGGUUUUGCUCACUACAUGGGGCCAAUGAUGGGUAUGUUGAAUACUUUCUCCCAUGUACCUCAUGAGUUUCUACCCUUCCUGGACAAAAUGAACUUCCCGCAACGUAUCUACAACACGGCUGUUUCGUUAUAUGAACAAACCUUACGAUCCUUCUACUACCUUCCCAAGCAGGAAGCUAUGGCGCAGGAGAACUUCAAACAUCUUCCCGGGCCUCUACCCAAAAUCGCCGACCUAGAGCAGAAGGUCUCCGUGGUUUUGCUAAAUAGCUACUACCCCUUAACGACAUCUAGACCACGAGUUCCCGGAUUGGUCCAGGUUGGAGGACUGCAUAUCAAACCGCCUAAGCCUUUGCCGGAUGAUUUGAAGAAAUUCCUGGAUGGGGCCAAGCAUGGCGUGAUCUACUUCAGCUUGGGAACGAACUUGAAGAGCUCAGAUAUGCCUAAGGAAAAGCUGGAUGCAAUCCUGAGUGUGUUCCGUUCAAUAAAGCAACGUGUGGUGUGGAAGUACGAGGACGAAUCGGUGAAGGGUCUUCCGAGCAAUGUGUUGAUCAAACCAUGGAUGCCGCAGAGUGAUAUACUUGCUCAUCCGAAUGUGAAGGUCUUCAUCACCCAUGGUGGACUGCUGGGAACUCAGGAAGGUGUUUACAGGGCAGUUCCUAUGCUUGGCAUACCAAUCUACUGUGAUCAGCAUUUGAAUAUGAACAAGGCCGUACUGGGAGGUUAUGCGGUAAAAUUGUACUUCCCGAACAUAACCGAGACCUCGUUACGUUGGGCUUUGGAUGAAUUGUUGUACAAGCCCGAGUACAAGAAGAACAUGAACAGAGUUUCUAGUGUGUUCCGUGAUCGUCCGGUGCCGGCAUUGGAUGAAGCAGUUUACUGGGUAGAGUACGUUCUACGACACAACGGAGCUCCGGAGUUACGAUCGGCUGGAUUGGACCUGCCGUGGGUUAGUUUUAUGCUGUUGGACGUGAUAGGUUUCUUCGUGGUCGUGGUUGUAAUCAUUGUAUGGGCUACAAGGAAGUUGAUUGCUACUCUUUUAGGCAAAAGUGAUGAAAAACAGAAAAGAAAAACUCAAUAAAAUAUAGCGACGAAAAUA